CACAGCUUAGUACUCGUACUGCGAGCGUUGUGCAGAUCAAGCCUAUUCGUAACGUUUCGAUUUUUCGGACCCUUGUGACCCCAGUAUCUGUGCUAAUCAGCUAGUGAACCAGAAUACUGCGAUUGCGAUUCCUUACUUCUGAAGAAUGCCACUCGUAUACUCCCCUAGACGUACAAAGCAUCAACCAUCUCAGAGUCAACGGAGCCAGCUUUACCAAGUUCAAUAUCAAGUUUGAUGAAUCAACUAGUGGAGGCUAUCACGAAUCCUAUCGCAGAGCAUUGUAGGGAGCACGAUGGACACUUCCGAUGCCAGUUUCAAAAUACCAGUCCCCCAUCCGACGUCGAGGAUCUAUUUAACUCCUCCAAGAAGAGAAGAUGAUGAUGUGGUGAUCGCAGCUCUAAACGAUCCGCGCGUCUAUAUGAACCUGAGCUCUCCCCCGUAUCCUUAUACUUCGGAUGACCGGAGGUCUUGGUUCGCCCAUAUAGAAAAAAUAGCCCAACACAACGCAUUUGGCAUUGGGCAAUUCAAGAAGCAACCAUACCUUGUCUCCGGCGCCCAAGCAGGUGGGGCUGUACCGUGGUUGGGAGAGGUUGGAUGGGCAGCAACCAUCAGAGAAAUUGUGGCAGAGGCGGACGGUAACGAGAGGUACCUGGGCGAGAUCACCGUGAGCCGCAGUGGCUUUCUGUUUGUUCUCGAUGUGGCAGAGCGAGAAAAGGCUCGGCUUGAAAACGACAAUCUAAGAGCUGGAGAUCCCAACAUCGUGUGGGAAGUAGGAUUCUAUCUCGUUCCAGAACAUCACGGCCGUGGAGUGAUGCCCAAAGUCCUCGAAACUGUCAUAAGAGAGAUCCUCCUACCUCUCUUUAACGCACAGAACAUUGUCGCGACUUACUUUGAGCAUAACAUUGCCAGUAAAAAGGUGUUUGCAAAAUGCGGGUUUGAGUAUGUGACCACGAUCCCAGAUGCGUACACGCUGGAACCGAGCAAGACUGGAGGCCAAGAAGGUCAAACAAUCGGUCUGGGUGUCAUAAAGUGGGAGGACCGGGGUGCGGCUAGGGCGCGGGAGGACAGGGCAAAUGGCACGCAUUAUUGAUGAGAUGCAAUCAGAAUCAGACUGGCUCGACAGCUUGCC